AAAAUGAGUCGGGCCACCACAUUGGGGAGAGGAGGAGGAGGAGGACAGGGACCCAACGUCCACCAUGGAGCUGGCGAGUGCGCUCACCGUCAUCCUGGCCAUUUGCUUGGUGGUCAUUACGGUCAAGAGGAAAAGCUCUUCCCAUGGGAGGAUGCCCCCUGGACCCACUCCCCUGCCUCUGAUCGGGAAUUUCCUGCAGCUCAAAGCAGCAGAAACCUGCAAAUCACUGAUCAAGCUAAGUGAAAAAUACGGCCCCGUGUUCACAGUUUAUUUUGGAAGUCGCCCGGUGGUUAUUUUGUGCGGCCAUGAGGCUGUGAAGGAGGCCCUGGUAGACAAGGCGGAAGAAUUCAGCGGGAGGAAGACCAUGCCUACCUUGGAGCGAACCUUCCACGAACACGGUGUGGUCUUUGCCAACGGGGACCGCUGGAAGCAGCUGCGACGGUUCUCCCUCACCGUCUUGAGGAAUUUCGGGAUGGGGAAGAAAACCAUUGAGCAGAGGAUCCAGGAAGAAGCUCAGUUCCUGCUGGAGGAAUUCCGAAAGACUAAUGCGAAGCCCUUUGAUCCUACCUUCUUCUUGAGCCGUGCCGUCUCCAACGUCAUCUGCUCCAUCGUCUUUGGCAACCGCUUUGACUACCAAGACAAGGAAUUCCAGGCUUUGAUGGAGAUGAUGAAUAACAGCUUCCGGGAGAUGAGCACCGCUUGGGCCCAGUUCUACGACAUCUAUGCCAACAUCCUGAAGUACUUCCCCGGCCCCCACACCAAGAUCUACGACAUCUUGGAAGACAUGAUACGCUUCAUCGCCAAGAGAGUGAAGGACAACCAGGCCACUUUAGACCUCAACUCCCCGCGGGACUUCAUCGACUGCUUCCUCAUCCAGAUGGAAAAGGAAAAAAACAACCCCGGCAGCGAAUUCAACAUCAAGAAUUUGGAGCUCACCACCCUCAACCUCUUCUUUGCUGGGACAGAGACAGUCAGCUCCACCCUGAGAUACGGCUUCCUGCUCCUGAUGAAAAACCCCCAGUUUCUAGCAAAGAUGCAGGAGGAAAUAGACCGUGUGAUUGGCCAGAACCGGGCCCCGAACAUCGAAGACCGGAACCAGAUGCCCUACACCGAUGCCGUCAUCCACGAAGUGCAGAGAGUGAGCGACCUCAUCCCCAUGGAUGUGCCCCACAUGGUAAUCAAAGACACUGAGUUCAGAGGAUACAUCAUCCCAAAGGGAACUGAAGUCUAUCCAGUACUCAGCACCGUCUUGAAUGACCCCAAGAAAUUUAAAAACCCAAGGCAAUUCAACCCAGAAAACUUCCUGGAUGCGAACGGAAGCUUCAAGAAAAGUGAUGCGUUUGUGCCCUUCUCCUCAGGGAAGCGGAUCUGCCUGGGGGAGGCCUUGGCCCGCAUGGAGCUCUUCCUCUUCUUCACCACCAUCCUCCAGAGCUUCCGGCUGAAGCCCCUUGUGCCCCCGGAGGACAUCGACACGACUCCACUGGAGAGCGGCUUUGCCAAUAUUGUCCCCAUGUACCAGAUGUGCAUGGUCCCCCGCUGAGCGGAAGUCCAGCCCGGAGAGCUCUCUUCCCAACGCGGCAAUGCUCUCUUCAGCUGCGCAUGCAAGACUUUGGGAGCACAUGGGGUUGGGGGGGGGCAGAGGUGUGACAAAGGGGCUUUGGAGAACUGCAACCACCACACUUCACACAACUCACUCAGGUUCGCAGCUGUACCCACAUGUGGAGCAGGUGUGUUGGGGGGCUUCAGGCAAGGAAUGGAAUCACCCCCUCGCCUUGUUAGUAGUUCUGCUGUGCUCCUCCCUACUGCAAGUGUGACAAAGGGAUAUUCCUUCCUCUUUGCAUCUUAUCUGCUUGCAAAAACCCAGACUGUGUUCUAAACCUUGGAGGUUCCCUUGAAGUGGUCUUUGCUCUGGCCCUGCUUAUCUUUUUGACUUUGCUGUUCACUCAUUAAUCAAAGGCUGCAGGCAUGCCUUCCCGGAAGGCUCUGGUCAUUGUAACAGGCAAGGUUUUUUGUAGUGGAUUAUGCAAUAAAGCUUGUUGCUUGC